AUGCCCUUGUUAUGUCGUAGAUGUGGUGGCACAGCUGGAGCCAUCCUGACCUGUCCCCUGGAAGUGGUGAAGACACGUCUACAGUCAUCCCAACUGAGACUGCGGCCUCUGUGCCUCUCAGAGAUACAGCUGCCAGGGAUGAGUGUGAGGCUGGUGAACCCCACCCCACCGUCUCCUGGGGUGCUCAAGUUGCUGAGGACCAUCCUUGAGAAGGAAGGCAUGCGGUCCCUGUUCCGAGGUCUGGGCCCAAACCUUGUUGGGGUUGCUCCUUCCAGGGCUAUAUAUUUUGCUGCCUAUUCUGGUGCUAAGGAGAGGCUCAAUGCUGUCCUUGUACCGGAGUCCAAGAAAGUCCACAUGCUGUCAGCAGCCUGUGCAGGCAUUACCUCUUCCACACUCACCAACCCUAUCUGGUUAGUGAAAACCAGGAUGCAGCUGGAAGCCAGGGCGAAGGGUGAGAUGGCCAGCAACGCUCUGCAGUGUGCCAUGCACGUGUACCGCACCGAAGGCCUCCGUGGGUUCUACCGUGGCAUUACUGCCUCCUACGCCGGAGUGUCAGAGACCAUCAUCCAUUUUGUCAUCUAUGAAGCACUGAAACAGCAACUGAGAAACAGCCAUCAUUCCCUUUCCCCACCACUCACACUGUCAUCAAACAGACAUGAUUUCUUUGGACUGAUGGGAGCUGCUGCUGUCUCCAAAACCUGUGCUUCAUGCCUUGCAUAUCCACAUGAGGUCGUUCGGACGCGGUUGCGAGAAGAAGGGUCACGGUACCGCUCCUUUAUACAGACUCUGCAGCUGGUGGUGCAUGAAGAGGGACCCUUGGCUCUGUACCGAGGGCUCCUGGCUCACCUGAUCCGCCAAAUCCCAAACACAGCUAUCACGAUGGCUACCUAUGAACUUAUCGUGCAUUUGGCCUCUUCCACCUUGUAA